UUUUCACUAAUUUUUAACUACUGGGUUUAGGGCUUUGAAGAAGAAGAGGAAAAAGAAAGAAGCGAUCAAUCUGAAAAUUUUCCAGGAGAAACCAGCUCUUUUAUCCCUCCUGCGUUCUGUCCGAAGAUCACCAAAACGGUGUCACAUAAGUGAAACACAGUAUCUGGAGUCUAGUCAGUCUACCGUUUUCCCUCAUCGGCACCCCACGACACCAUCUUCUUCCUAAAACCAGACCGUAACGAGCUAAACCCCGCGCCAUCCACCACCAGUCCCUCCAUCUCCACCGAAUCGCCCACACACCCACCGCGGCGUUUCCCCAAUUUCUUCUCACUAAACCCAACUCUCACAGCACCUAAAACCAGCUGCUCCCUUCGGUUUCGUGUCCCAACAGACGGUGGCCACCAACGAUCUUAGCAGGCGGUCGAGCACUCCAGCUACGACACCCAGAAAUAGAGCCAUCGAAACCCAUUUCCUGCUUUCUUCUCCAUUUCACUUCCAGAAUCCAGCUCAUUCACGUGUUGUUUCGGUUCAUCCUGCGACAACAAAUCCUUCUAUUGAAUCAGACUGGCUGAGACUCAGGCGUCCCUCCUUUGACGGCGCCAACCAAAUCCAUCAACAGCCGACGCAGAGCUCCCGAUUCAUUGCCAGACAGCAGGUUCACCGCAGCGGAGACAUUCUCAUCCAGCUGUGCGCCAGCCCAGAAUUGGGGGUUCAAAGGGGGCCUGAUUGAUGAGUUAGACUCUCUAGCCUACAGUUAACACGUAUUUUUCGAUUAGGAGCCUAAUUGAAAGGUAAAGGAAAGAAAUAACAAAUGUAUCAUGCAAAUCAUGCAAGGACAUGGUUGUCAAGAAGCUUCUCAAAUAUAUCCUCUCAUCCUCUCCAUGUUUGUGUAGUUGGUAGUGGACCAGCUGGCUUUUACACUGCUGAAAAAAUGCUGAAGGCACAUCAAGGAGCAGAAGUUGAUAUCAUAGAUCGAUUACCUACACCAUUUGGAUUAGUACGCUCUGGUGUUGCACCUGAUCAUCCUGAAACAAAGAUUGUGAUAAAUCAAUUUUCAAGGGUUAUGCAACAUGAACGGUGCUCAUUCCUUGGGAAUGUCACUCUUGGCUCAUCCAUUUCUCUGGCUGAGCUUCGUGAACUGUAUCAUGUGGUUGUACUUGCUUAUGGUGCUGAAAGUGAUAGAGACCUUGGCAUUCCAGGAGAAGGUUUGUCAGAGAUACACUCAGCUAGAGAAUUUGUUUGGUGGUAUAAUGGGCACCCAGAUUACAAUAACCUUAGUCCUGAUUUGAAGAGCACUGACACAGCUAUUAUUCUGGGCCAGGGAAAUGUAGCCCUUGAUUGUGCUCGCAUCCUUUUACGGUCAACAAUAGAAUUGGCAACAACUGAUAUUGCUAGCCAUGCUUUGGCUGCUCUCAAUCAAAGCUCUAUAAGGAAGGUUUAUAUUGUUGGAAGACGUGGCCCAGUGCAAGCCGCUUGUACUGCGAAAGAGCUGCGUGAAGUUCUAGGCAUUAAAGAUUUGUGUAUUCACAUCAAGGAGGUUGACUUGUUGAAAAGCUCUGAAGAUGAGGAAGUGUUGAAAAACAAUCGAAUUCAGAGGAGGGUUUAUGAGUUGCUCUCUAAGGCUGUCACCUCAGGACGUUCCCAUCCCAGUUCUGGGCAACGAGAACUUCAUUUUGUUUUCUUCCGACAACCCACUUGGUUUUUCGAUUCAGGAACUGGCCAUGUUGCUGGAGUGCACUUUGAGAAGACAGUGCUUAGAGGUGUUGGCCCUGGAAAACGGGUUGCUGUAGGUACUGGGCAAUUUGAGGACCUUGACUGUGGGAUGGUGCUAAAGAGCAUUGGUUACAAAUCAGUACCUGUUGAUGGUUUACCCCUUGAUCAUCAGAAAGGUGUGGUUGCAAAUGUUGGCGGACGUGUUCUUACGGAUGCUUUGGGAGAUCAAUCAUUUCUUGAAAAAGGUUUGUAUGUAUGCGGGUGGUUGAAGAGAGGACCAACUGGAAUUAUUGCUACAAACCUUUACUGCGCGGAAGAAACUGUUGCUAGCAUAUCUCAAGACCUUGAACAAGGAAUGCUUGCAGCUGUGACUAGUUUACCAAAGCCUGGCAGAGAGGGACUCCUUCAGUUACUUGAUGACAGAAAUGUUAGAGUUGUUCCAUUCAGUGGAUGGGAAAAGAUUGAUUCUGAGGAAAGGAGACUUGGCAGCCUGAGAAACAAACCUAGAGAAAAAUUAACCACAUGGGAAGACUUGUUGAAAGUUGCCUCAGAAUGAUAGAAGUUCCUCUUCGGAGUUUAUAUUUUGUACUUGCAUAAGAUUAAAAGAACAAAUUGAAACUAAGUUACAUAUUUCAAUGGUUAGGUCCAUUCUUUAGACCGUUAUAUUGGGAAGAAUUAUUUUGUUUCUUGCA